AUGAGACUCUGUGCAAAAUCGAUGCUCCUCACUCACUGGCUGCUGCUCGUCUCUGUGUUAAUGCUUUGCUGUAAGUUGCUGUCUGCCUCCAGCCACCACCCUAGGGGACACUCAGGUCAUCAGGUCAAACAGGGCACAUGUGAGGUUGUUGCUGUCCAUCGGUGCUGCAAUAAGAACAAAAUUGAGGAACGGUCACAAACGGUGAAAUGCUCUUGUUUUCCAGGACAAGUGGCUGGUACAACCCGAGCUCAACCUUCAUGUGUUGAAGCCUCUGUAGUGAUGCAGAAGUGGUGGUGCCAUAUGAAUCCUUGCCUAGAGGGCGAGGAAUGCAAAGUUCUUCCAGAUCUUUCGGGAUGGUCCUGCAGCAGUGGUAACAAGGUCAAAACCACCAAGGCAAGUAAAUUGAAUUAG